CGUUGGCCUCCUACCAGCGACCAUCCGGGCCCCCGACUCUCCUGGCGGCCCCUGGAGCGCAGCUUCUGGCCUCGUUCAAGUUCCCUCCGUAAAUUACUCGCACAGCGCGAACCCCGCCUCGGCUCUGGGUCCUCUCCCACCCCGCCCCUGCAACCCUUUACCGGCAUGGGUUGGAACUGGAGUCUCUCCCCAGACCUGACUGCAGCCAGCAUCAUGCAGUUACUCACUGCUCUUCACUCACCUGUUGAUGCCUCCCAGAAAAAAACGCCGCCAGACGGCCCAGAAACCCCAGCUGCUAUUCCACCAACAACCACUAGAGGGCCCCAGACACCGCCAAGGAUCUCCCCAGCUUCCUGUCACCCACACUAGACAGGUGCCCGGCAAGCCCAUUGACCACACCACCGUCACUUCCUGGGUAUCACCUCAGUUUGAUACAACAGCAGAAAGCUGGUUCCCAGCCAACCGUAAACGUCAUCUUCGAGCCCAGGCCAGGCAUUCAAGUCGGAAAUCUGCCACCUGCAAGUUUCCACGUCUAACAUUUGAGAGUCCACCUUCUUGCUCCAGGUCAGCCACACCCGGGACCCCCUUAAUCAGUGGCUGCCCCAACCAACCAGAAAAGGACAUUACCAGAAGGGCCUUAGUUCCCAUGCUCAGUCCCCAAAGCUGCGGGGAGCUGUCAGCACCUGCACUUCAAAACCUACCUUACGUGUUCACCCCACCUGACAUCCAGACCCCAGAGUCGUCCGUGAGGGGAGGGCUCGUGCCCCCAGAGCAGAGGGGAAACAGCCUUCCGAGCGGCUCCCUUCACAGCAGCACUCCCGAGAGCCCCGAGCCCGGGCCCGUUCUGGUUACAGACACCCCCGAGGAGAAGUACGGGAUAAAGGUCACCUGGAGGAGGCGACGACAUCUGUUCGCGUACCUCAGGGAGAGAGGGAAGCUGAGCAGAAGCCAGUUUCUUGUGAAAAACUGACGGGAUUUCUCAGACAUCAGGCGUCCCAAAAAACUGAUAGCUGGUUUUCAUCCAGUUGCUCAUAUCACUCGUCUGGCUCACAAGCAAGGACGUCAGUAGGGUAAAAUGGAAAGAACACCCCAGGAACACCAGUAGAAAAAAGAUAUUUUAACUAGAGCCCUGAAGUCAUGAGGGAAUUCAAUUUCCAGACUUGCUUUUUAAAAUAUCCGGUGCCAUAAACAGUUUUUAGUGUCAUAAACAGUUCACUUCAUAUUUUCCUUGUAUUAACUGUUUUAAAAUUUUAAAUAUUUUAAAACUGCUUAAAAUGUAUGUAAAUAAAUGGCUGCAGAAGGUUUUCACAGAACCCUGUUCCUGACACUAAUGCAGCAAUACAGCCUCCUUCACAAAAGGGUUUCUUAGUUCCCUGUAACCACUGCUUACUCAGCCUUCUAAUCACUUCCUUCAAACUAACUCAUUCCACAUGUUUGAGUACCAGCUCCGUGUACAGCUCCCUCUGUGACAUGAGGCAUGGAAAAACUCGAAGCAAAGUGAGUGUUUUGCAGACUUCGCUCGUCUGCUGAAAGGGCAAGGUUCUGAAGAAAGCGCAGCAAGCCUGUUUUAAUGAGUUCAGUGGGAUCAGGGGAGAUAAGUUACUUCGCGGUGCUAUGUUUUCAUUUCUUGCUUCCAACUGAAGUAAUCUGUAAAAAUUAAAUAGAGUGGGAAAAUGAUUUCUUGUCGUAACUGUUUAAAAUGUAUGUAAAUACAUGUGUAAUGUUUUCAAAUACUA